CAACCCAGAAAUCUAGGUUAUAGUUUUUUUUAAAUCUGAUUACAAAGCAUGAUUGUGAUAUUAAAUAAUGCAGUAUGGUAUUUUUUUGCCAAAGAUUUCUUUUUAUAAGAAUCACAUUUUUGUCCAUAAUUACGCAUGCGCUCAUCAUUAAAGCCGGAGCCACUAAGAGGAAAUGGUAAUUGUACUGAGAGAGUAGUACAGUGGCUCAUUUUUUUGUUUAGAUAGUGCAAGCUCAAGUCGAAAACUGUAGUAGCUGGUGGUGAGUGCACAGUUCGAACAACGUUUUAUAUUGCAGAGUGAAAUAAAAAAAAAGGAGACCAUAGGAAUGGCUGCCAAAAAGAAGUUACCCUUAGUUGUAAUAUUUUGCGAGUUUCCUGAAGUCUAUGAUCAUAUUAGAAAACUAGAUGCCACAAUACCACUUCAACUUAUUGAGGUUACUAAUAUGCAAGCUCCUGAAAUUUCAGAGACAGCUUUGCGUCAAUUAAAAGAAGCUGACAUUUUGAUUACUGAUCCAAUUCUGUUGUUACAGUUUUAUAAACAAUUGACAGCACACACAAAAUGGGUUCAAUCUACAUACGCAGGACAAGAUCACUUUUUUAAACACCUUGAUUAUUCAAAGCCUUUGCCAGAAUUUUCUCUCUGUAAAUUCGGACACAUAUUAGGAGUCCACCUUGCUGAAUAUGUGAUCGGCAGAUUGAUAGCUCACGAACGGAAAUUUUAUGAUCGCUAUGAAGCACAACAGGUCAAAGAAUGGCGUCAAGAAUGCCCUUACCGUCUUUUAUCAGAUCUUACUAUUGGAAUACUUGGUGUAGGAGAUAUUGGAUCGCAAAUUGCUAAUUACUGCAAAUUUCUUGGCAUGAAGGUAUGGGGAAUGGUUAGAAGAGAUUUACCAAUAGAUAAAAGAUCAAGUUACGUAGAUCAGUAUUGUUUGACAUCUGACUUGCCUGUACUUCUAUCCAAUUGUGACGUUGUGUGUAAUGUGUUACCAAGUACGCCUCAAACUAUUGGUAUUUUAUCUGGUGAAGUCUUAGCAGGUGCUAAAGAAAAGAAACCAAUUUUUAUUAACGUUGGAAGAGGAGAUGUUAUUGAUGAAGAAAGUAUCAUUAAAGCUAUAAGGAAAAAAUGGAUCUCUCAUGCAAUACUGGACGUGCAACCAACAGAGCCUGUUCCUAAGGACAGUCCUCUUUGGGACAUAAAAGAGGUAACAAUGUCCCCGCAUGAAGCAGGCUUAUCUUUUGGGGAAGAACUUGCUACAACAUUUCUUGAGAAUUACAUGAGAUACGUCAGAGGUGAACCGCUUAAGUAUAUAGUGGAUAUGCAAGCCGGAUACUAGUGGUUUGGCUUACAAGUAGCCUACAUUGAAAAUGACAACCGAUGGCACGCAGGGUAUUCAACAAGCUAGUUUUAUUUUUUCUAUUAAUGUGUGUGUUACAGUAGCUUUCUUUCUUGAUGUAUUUUUUUUUUAUACACCCAUUUCAAACGUAGACGAAAUUCAAACUAAAAUGUUAUUACAAGUCUUUGUUUCCCACAACUCUGACUCUACCUUCUCGGAAGUAUUUUCAAGAACAGUUAAAAAUCCUCAUAAUUGUCUUGAAAUGGCUGCAUUUGUAUAUUUAUGAUAUGCUUUGUUUGCUGCAAAUUGAAUUCAAAGUAAAAUUCAAGUUAAAAAAUUAAUUUAAAAAAAAAUUAAAUUAAUUCACCAAAAACAAAAUGUGUUCACCUGUAACAUGUAGGCCUACACAUUGUGUACAUUAUGACCAUCCAAAAUGUUUAACAAUCUUAAAAGUCGUAAGCGUUCUUUAAAAACCAUCAAUUUCAACAUUGUAAAACUUCUAUGUUUAUCUACAUGUCUUUACUUUAAAUUUGAAUGAAUUUUAUAAAUAAAGAUUAUUGAAUUGAAUGAUGAAUGGAACCAGUA